UAUGUCUCUCUGCUCAUCACUCUGUUGAGAACAGCUGGCAAUGGACUUGUCAUCUGGUUUCUCUUCUUCCACUUCAAGAACCGUUUUAUUGUUUAUAUCCUAUACCUCUCAAUUGCUGACUUGACUUUCCUUCUUUGUACAUCUACUGUUAAUACGGGCAUAAUAAUUUCCUACAAUUUUAAUAUGAAAUCAUUCGAGCUACAGUCAUGUCUGAGCAUUUAUGUGCUGAUUCUGUUUGGCUACAACACUGGCCUCUUCCUCCUGACAGCCAUCAGUGUAGAAAGGUGUCUUUCAGUCCUUUACCCCAUUUGGUACAAAUGUCAACGUCUGAAGCACCAAACUGCAAUUGUCUGUACUUUGCUGUGGGUAUUCUCUGUUUUUGUGAGCUGGUUAGAAUGUUUUUUGUGUGUGUGGGCAGCAGAGCCCAGAUUCUCUUUUAGACCAUGCGUGGUUGUGGAAAUAUUUUUGCUUAUCUUGAACUUCCUCGUAUUUGCCCCUCUCAUGGUCUUCUCGAACUUGAUCCUCUUCAUCAAGGUCUUCUGUAAGCUGAAGCACUGCCAACCAGCGAAGCUUUACACCAUCAUAAUAACCACAGUCAUUCUGUUCCUUCUCUCUGCUAUGCCUUCAAGAGUCUUGGUGAUGAUACGUAAUUUUGAAGAUGAAAACUAUGAGUCUCUGAGAUUGUUACAUCCAUAUUUGAAUACAUUAUCCUUUAUGAAUACUGUCAACCCAAUUGUCUACUUGGUGGUCGGUCAGAUCAGGAGAAAGACAACCAGGAAGUCUUUGAAAGAUACACUGCAAAGGGUCUUUGAGAAUGAGAUCACAGGAUCAUAG